ACAAAAAUAAGAAUAAUCAAAAUCACACAAAAUACAAAUGGACUAUUUGACUCCUCUGUCUCUCUUACUCUUCACCAUCUUUCUUUUCUUCAUCCUUGGUCUGUGCAAAUGGGAUACCAGCCGCUCACCCUCAAGGUCGGGUCGGUUACCACCCUCACCAACAGCCUUCCCCAUUUUAGGUCACCUUCAUCUCCUCACAGACAAGCCACAUCACACCUUCACUCGACUCGCUCACCAACUCGGCCCCCUCAUCUAUCUCCGACUCGGCCGAGUUCCCACAGUUGUCGUCUCCUCCGCUCACCUAGCUCGCCUCGUCCUCAAAACCCAUGAUCACAUCUUCGCGAGCCGACCGCAGCUGGUGGGACCUCGAUACCUCUCCUUCGGCUGUUCUGACGUCACCUACUCCACCUACGGUCCCUACUGGCGCCAAGUCCGCAAGAUCUGCGUCAGCGAGUUGCUGACUUCGAAACGGGUCAACUCGUUCCAACUCGUCCGGGACGAAGAGGUUGACAGGAUGCUGAGUUCAGUGUUGACUCAGUCGGGAUCGGAGGUCGACUUGAGGAAGCUCUUCUCCACCUUGACGAACGAUAUACUAUGCCGCGUGGCGUUCGGGAGGCGGUUCACAACGGAGGAGGGACCUAUUGGUAAAUUGGUGAGGGCUUUCGAGGGUUCGGAGGCUUUGUUUGCUGGGUUUUGUGUGGGGGAUUAUUUCCCCGAGUGGAAGUGGGUCAACUCGGUGAGUGGGUUGAAUCGGAAGUUGGAGAAGGGAAUGAAGGAAUUGAGAGAAGCAUGCAAUGAAAUAAUAGAUGAACAUAUGAAUAAUAAUAAUAAUAAUAAUAAUAAUGGAUCAGAUUCAACGAGGAGAGAAGAUUUUGUGGAUGUGCUGCUUCGAGUGCAUCGACGACAAGACUUGGAGGUUCCCAUCACAGACGACAAUCUUAAGGCUCUCAUGCUGGACAUGUUUGUAGCAGGAACAGACACAACAUCAAACGCUCUAGAAUGGACAAUGACAGAGUUGGCCAGAAACCCAAGGGUGCUGAAGAAAGCACAAGAAGAGGUUCGAAAAGUUGCAUCCCACACAGAAAAAGUCGAUGAAACCCAUCUUCAACACCUUCGCUACAUCAAAGCUCUCGUGAAAGAGGCAAUGAGAUUGCACCCACCGGUUCCUCUGCUCAUUCCUCGAGAAUCUAUGGAGGAAUGCAAUCUUGAUGGCUACGAAAUACCGGCUAAAACUCGGGUUCUGAUCAACGCCUACGCCAUCGGAAGAGAUCCGCAGUCAUGGGAAGACCCUCUAGUUUAUAGCCCUGAAAGGUUUGAGGAUGAUAGUAAUAUAGAUGUGAAAGAUCAAGAAUACAAUUUUCUUCCAUUUGGAGGAGGAAGAAGAGGCUGUCCUGGUUCUGCUUUUGGAUUAGCAACUUUGGAGAUUGCACUGGCUAGGCUCUUGUUUCAUUUCGAUUGGGAAUUGCCUCAAGGAGUUGGUCCUCAAGAUGUGGAUACAGAUGAGAGCUUUGGGCUUGUCACAUUCAAGAAGUCUGCUCUUGUUCUUGUCCCAAUAACCAAUAAGAGUUACGAAUUCAAGGGCAUGUAAGUAAGUAUAUACAUAUUUUCAUGUUUGUACUAAUUAAUAAAGCCCAAUUACAAUACUUGAAGAAGAGGACCUGGGAUAGCCAACACCAAGUCGUCCAAUUUGAAAUUUAUUUACAGUUGGGAUGAUGUGUUGUUGACUAGGCCAACUGAGUCAGAGUUGGAUACUCUAAGCUUUAUUUGUUGUUUUGUACUGUUUACAUAUCAGCUUUGUUUUAAGAGGAAGGCAUAAUGGAUCAUAGUUCUCAUCUGCCAAUGCAUUUAGUCUAUAUUAAUUUGUAUAUGUACUGCUUGUACAAUACGUUAGAGCUGGGGUUGUACUUCUUAUAAGGAAAGUAAUUUAUGUAUUCUAUAUAAAUAUUCUGUUUUCUCA